AUGGCUUCUUCAUCCUCAUCUCAUCAACGAAAUGCUUUCUCUAGAACCAACAAAAUGAGAGAAGUAGAAGAAUCUUCGGGAUCGUUUGAUGUGUUUAUCAACCACGAAGGCCCCGAUGUCAAACAAACUCUGGCUACUCAGAUUUACAAUUUUCUCAAGGAGCGAGACAUACAAGUAUUUGUUGAUUCGCAAGAGACGACGCUUGGAGAGUCGUUUCAUUCAAUCAUUGAGACCGCGAUUAGUUCUGCUUCAGUGCUUAUCGCAAUAUUUUCAAAAAAAUAUGCAGAGUCAACUUGGUGUCUGGCUGAGCUGGUUCUUAUGUUACAAAGUAAGGCCAAGAUUAUUCAUGUGUUCUACGAAGUGGAGCCGUGGGAACUCCGCCACAUAGAAAAGGGAGUAUAUGCUGAGGCUUUUCGUAAACAUGAAAGCGACAAGAGGCAUCUGGACAAGAUUGAGAAGUGGAAGGAAGCCCUUCAACAAGUUUCAUACACCGCAGGCCACAUAUUCAAAAAUUCAGAGUAA